ACAGACAGACAGGCAGGCAGCCUCACAGUGAGAGGAAGACAGACAGACAGACAGACAGACAUACAGACAGACAGACAGACAGACAGACAGACAGACAGACAGACAGACAGACAGACAGACAGACAGACAGACAGACAGACAGACAGGCAGGCAGGCAGGCAGGCAGGCAGGCAGGCAGGCAGGCAGGCAGGCAGGCAGGCAGGCAAGCAAGCUCACAGUGAGAGGCAGACAGACAGGCAGGCAGGCAGACAGGCAGGCUCACAGUGAGAGGCAGGCAGCUAUUGGUCCAGUGCUAAUCAGAGUGUUGUGUUGUGCUUCUCUUUGCAGAGCAGCCAGAGCUUUCGGAGAUUACCUGUCUCACACACACCCUGAGAACUGCAACGGAUCAGGUACUCUAUCUGUGUCCAGACUCAUCUAGUAUAUCCUAUAACUUUCCUCUUCACAUGGCUUCACAAAUCCUAUAACUUUGUGCUUCACAUGGCUUCACAUAUCCUAUAACUUUGUGCUUCACAUGGCUUCACAUAUCCUAUAACUUUCCUCUUCACAUGGCUUCACAUAUCCUAUAACUUUGUGCUUCACAUGGCUUCACAUAUCCUAUAACUUUGUGCUUCACAUGGCUCCACAUAUCCUAUAACUUUCCUCUUCACAUGGCUUCACAUAUCCUAUAACUUUGUGCUUCACAUGGCUUCACAUAUCCUAUAACUUUCCUCUUCACAUGGCUUCACAUAUCCUAUAACUUUCCUCUUCACAUAGCUUCACAUUUCCUAUAACCUUUCUCUUCAAAUGUGACCGACCGGCUCGAUUCGGUCUUAUGUAGCAAAAUUUGAAAUUGUGUUUUAUACAUUAGAUAAAAGUAGAGACUCAAUGCUAGAAAAUGGUAUAUCAUACACUACCGUUGAGGAACAAUUGGAAAGUAAUUCUGCUUUGAAAGUUGAUAAACUUGUAACCUCACUUUUGAGAAAAUGGCCCUUGAAUGUUUUGGUAAACCUACUGGAGAGCUCUUCUUUGUCUACACCCAUUCAGCAUCAUUCACACCCUCUUAAGCCUUAGCCCCACCCAUCUCUUUAAGGAUUCACAUGUGAGGCCAUGUACUAAACAACCAAAGAUUUCAAGACUAAAGGCUGGUUUAUACUACGUCUAUCGACAGUUGUUGCAGUAACAUCAUGAACAUUCUAUUGUCGUCCGACAUCAAACUUGUCGUUGUCGUUAUGAAAAAGUAUAAAAACAAAAACUAUAGGCUGCAUGACAUCAGCAGCCUGUUGGUCCAAAAUAGCAUAACUAGUGUAUUUUAACACCAAUAAACCCACCCGUUUAAAAAUGAAUUUAGUAUAUGUCAAUCUAGCAAACCAGGCAACUAAAAUAAACUUUCUAAACAAUGUUUUGGUUCAUUUCUAGCUUGUUAGCUAGCUAGCUAAUGUUAAGUUAGCUGGCUAGCCAGUUCAAAUAAUGACUGUAUCAUAUAGCUGACAACGUCCUCACUUUAGCUCAUUGUCUUCAUUAUUACAGGAAAAUAAACUCACAACAAGAUAAUUAUUUCCAAGUUAAUGGCGAGCCAAUUACAGAAAAUAGCUUAGUGUUGUGGGUAUGACAAAAUAAAGCAGGGCAUUCUACCAGAACAUUUUAGAACUUGGACACUGUCUUGUUGGCCUAAUGUUAUAUCCUAAUUUGACUUUGGUGCAGGUCAUGUUCUUCACAUUACCGUCUCUGGUAAACACAUACUAUAUCAAAUAAAAGCAAAGUUGAUUUAUCACAUGCACAGGAUACAGAAGGUGUAGUGAAAUGGUUACUUGCAUAAUAUAGUCUUUUGUCUAGCUAGCUAAACAAUUAACCACAAUCCCAACUCAUAACGUUACUACCCUGCAUUAAUCUGCAGGUAGCUAACCAACCAGGUUCAAUGUUAGCUAGCUAGCUAACAUUAGGCUAUAACUAGCAAUGCAAAUGGCACUGAGAUAUGAAUAAUAUUAGUACACAGAUCAUACACGUAACGUUAGCUAGCAAGCCAAAUAACGUUAGCUAGCUAGCUAACAGUACGCUUUAACUUGAAAUGAAAAAUACUUUCUGACAAAAUUUGAAAUGUAUAACAUCUGAAAAUGUAGCUAGCUAGACUAUCUUACCCAUAUACAUUUACAUUACAUUUAAGUCAUUUAGCAGACGCUCUUAUCCAGAGCGACUUACAUAUAUAUAUAUAUAUAUAUUUUUUUUUAUACUGGCCCCCUGUGGGAAUCGAACCCACAACCCUGGCGUUGCAAACGCCAUGCUCUAUCAACUGAGCUACAUCCCUGCCGGCCAUUCCCUCCCCUACCCUGGACGACACUGGGCCAAUUGUGCGCCGCCCAUGAGUCUCCCGGUCGCGGCCGGCUGCGACAGAGCCUGGAUUCGAACCAGGAUCUCUAGUGACACAGUUAGCACUGCGAUGCAGUGCCUUAGACCACUGCGCCACUCAGGAGACACCUGAGUUUAUCCCUCUCUGUCACGGAUGCCAUGGUUGCCUUUAGUUUGAAGAUUUAAUCCGGAGACAGAUGUUUUAUAUAACAACCUUCUGUGUGUUCUCUUUUUGAUUCCCUCUGCAUAUUUGCAAUCAAACGCCAGAAUUUUCUCCAUCUCCUUAGCUAUCAUACUCUAAUUCCACCGGGUAUUCCACUGAUUUCAAAACUCAGUCCUACAGAAAGUGGAGAACAACACUUUUGCAGUUCCAGAAGGCAUUUCUACCAAAAAACGCAUUUUGAUAAAACAAAAAAGUUUACAUUCAAAUGCCUCUCCUGCGACAUACGCCUAGUUUACUGAAACGAGUCAAAUAUGGCUUCACAUUUCCUAUAACUUUCCACUUCACAUGGCUUCACAUUUCCUAUUACUCUCCUCUUCACAUGGCUUCACAUUUCCUAUAACUUUCCACUUCACAUGGCUUCACAUUUUCGAUAACUUUCCUCUUUACAUGGCUUCACAUUUCCUAUAACUUUCCACAUCACAUGGCUUCACAUUUCCAUCACAUGGUUUCACAUUUCCUAUAACUUUCCUCUUCACAUUGCUUCACAUUUCCUAUAACUUUCCUCAUCACAUGGCUUUCCUCUCACCCCACUGUAUAGCAGUUGGUUCACAUCAGCAGCACUAAAUGCUCUGAAAUCAUUACCACACUAUAUCUGGCAAAUGUCAAUGUGAGAGGGUGUAUCUUCCCGAGGCAGAGGACCGGGUAAGUCUGCCAAACCCCUUUUAUCAUCCAGCUCAUCCUCUCAAAAUACCUCCUAAUUCUCCUCCCUUCUCUUGUUUCCCUUCUCCAUCAUCCAUCUCUUCACAUCUCAUUCCCCCUCUUAUCUCCCAAAAGCUUUGUUGGCUCUCUGACGUUUGCUCAAAUGAUGCCAAGGCCUUGAUAGCACAAGACGAACAGCUCAUCUCUUUGUCCUCUCUCUCUCGCUCUCACUCUUGCUCUCUCCAGAUCACCUUCUGUCUAAUACCUUAAUCGGCCAAGACACAGACUCCCCUGACAUCAGUCGUCUCCACAACAACAACCUACACCCUCAGAGCCGCUGUGGGGCCAAAGCCAGCCAGGACCAGUCCCAGGCCCACAGUCUCCAGUCCAAGCUCAGCACAGCGCAUCCCCACCACAGCAGUCUCCAGGCCAGCACCCUGCAGCCCAGCAGUCUGCAGCCCACAGGCCCCUCCAAGCACAGGCUCUCAUCAGGGCUCUCAGUGGAGCGCAGUUUCUCCUCUGAGGAGCAGCAGCCACCUCCCAGGUCCGCUGAGGGGAGCCUGACCAUCCUGAAGCCAGCUUCCCAGCGGGUCUACACCAUCACCAGGGAGGGAGGCAUGCUAGGGGGGCGAGGGAGCGAGGAGAGUCUGGAGCUGGAGGUGCUGAAGCAGCCGCUGUCCCCUCCUCCCUCCGCCAACCAGCCCACCUACGCCAACCAACAACCACCAGGCAGCAAACAUCACCGCAGCAACCAUAGCCAUGGCCCACAGAGCCUCAGGCCCCAGUCCCAGCCCCUGCAGAGCUCGAGGAGUGCCCAUAACAUCCGGGACUGGGGAGUGAGGAGGGGGGGCUCGCGGGAGGACUGCACCCCAAACUGUGUCACCUGCAUCAGGGCCCCAUGUCCGAGCCAGCGCUCCCUGGAUCUGGAGACGUCACCGCGAGAUGGAGGAAAACAGAGGAAGAAGCUAGAGAGGAUGUACAGCCAGGACCAAGGCAGAGACAGACGAGGCUCUGCUGAGGAGAGCGGUGAGGAGGAGGAGGAUGGAGGAGGAGGAUGAUGAUGAUCAAAUCAAAUCAAGCUUUAUUUAAAUAGCACAUUUCAGACAUGAAUGCAACGCAGUGCGCUUCACAGAAAAAACCCUAAGAAAAAACUAAGAAAAAAAAUAGAAAUCUUUACUACACAACAAAUAUAAGAGGAUAAAAAAACAAAAGAAUAACGAUAAAAACUGAAUGACUAAAAAGCACCCUAAGGAAAAGCAAAGCUAAAAAGGUGUGUUUUAAGAUCUCUUUUAAAUAUGUCCACAGUUUCGGCCCCCCUCAGCUUCUCUGGCAGGCUAUUCCAGAGGCUGGGGGCCUAGUGAAUAAAGGUUGCCUCUCCAUGCCUCUUGGUCCUAGGCUUUGGGAUAGUUAAAAGGCCAGUGCCAGAGGACCUGAGGGAACAACUGGGUAUAUACAGUGCAUUCGGAAAGUAUUCAUACCCCUUGACUUUUUCCACAUUUUGUUAUGUUACAGCCUUAUUCUACAAUUGAUUCAACUAUUUAUUAUUUUCAUCAAUCUACACACAAUACCCCAUAAUGACAAAGCGAAACCAGGUUUUUAGAAAUGUUUGCAAAUGUAUUAAAAAUAAAAAAUAAAAAUAACUUAUUUACAUAUGUAUUCAGCCCCUUUGCAAUGAGACUCGAAAUUGAACUCAGGUGCAUCUUGUUUCCAUUGAUCAUCCUUGAGAUGUUUCCAUAACUUGAUUGGAGUCCACCUGUAGUAAAUUCAAUUGAUUGGACAUGAUUUGGAAAGGCACACACCUGUCUAUAUAAGGUCCCACAGUUGACAGUGCAUGUCAGAGCAAAAACCAAGCCAUGAGGAUGAAGGAAUUGUCUGUAGAGCUCCGAGACAGGAUUGUGUCGAGGCACAGAUCUGGGGAAGGGUACCAAAAAAUUUCUGCAGCAUUGAAGGUCCCCAUGAACACAGUGGCCUCCAUCAUUCUUAAAUGGAAGAAGUUUGGAACCACCAAGCCUCUUCCUAGAGCUGGCCGCCCAGCCAAACUGAACAAUCGGGGGAGAAGGAUGUUUUUCAGUGGCAGGGACUGGGAGACUAGUCAGGAUCGAGGCAACGAUGAAUGGAGUAAAGUACAGAGAGAUCCUUGAUGAAAACCUGCUCCAGAGUGCUCAGGACUCAGACUGGGGCAAAGGUUCACCUUCACCUAAUUUUUAAACUCACAGGCAGCCAGUGCAGAGACAUCAAAACUGGUGUAAUGUGUGCUAUUCGUCUGGUCUUGGUCAGUACCCGUGCUACAGCAUUCUGUAUGUUUUGCAGUUGACAAAUUGCUUUCUGGGGUAGACCAGACAGGAGAGCAUUACAGUAGUCAAGCCUGCUUGUAAGAAAAGCAUGGAUGAGUCUCUGUAUCAGCCUGAGAUAGAAAUGGCCGCACCUUGGCAAUGUUCCACAGGUGGUAAAAACCUAUUUUGGUCACAUUCCUAAUGUGUGAUCUGAAAUUGAGUUAAGAAUCUAAAACCUAGGUUUUUUACCUGGUGUUUUAUCUUUAUUGCCGUGAAUUAAAAUGUGUGGCCAGAUUCUCUCUCUGUGCUUUGGCUCCAAUAAUACAGUAAGUAUCUCGGCCUAAUACAGUAAGUAUCUCGGCCUUUUGCUGAAGGAAAUUGUUAGCCGUCCAAGUAUUUAAAUCACUAAUACAGUCUAAUCAUUUAUCUGUGGAGCUAAAAUCCUCUGGUGACACAGAAAUGUAAAGUUGUAUAUCGUCUGCGUAACAGUGAAAAUCAAUUCCAUGCUUUCUGAUAAUGUUACCAAGGGGUAACAUACACUACCAGUCAACAUUUUGGACACCUACUCAUUCAAGGAUUUUUCUUUAAUUUGACUAUUUUUUACAUUGUAUAAUAAUAGUGAAGUCAUCUAUGAAAUAACACAUAUGGAAUGAUGUAGUAACCAAAAAAGUGUUAAACAAAUCAAAAUAUAUUUUAUAUUUGAGAUUCUUCAAAUAGCCACCCUUUGCCUUGAUGACAGCUUUGUCCACUCUUGGCAUUCUCUCAACCAGCUUCAUGAGGUAGUCACCUGGAAUGCAUUUCAAUUAACAGCUGUGCCUUCUUAAAAGUUAAUUUAUGGAAUUGAUUUCCUUCUUAAUGUGUUUGAGCCAAUCAGUUUUGUUGUGACCUGAAGGUCAGUCAAUAUGGAACAUUUCAAAGAACUUUGAAAGUUUCUUCAAGUGCAGUCGCAAAAACCAUAAAGUGCUAUGAUGAAACUGGCUCUCAUGAGGACCGCCACAGGAAUGGAAGACCCAGAGUUACCUCUGCUGCAGAGGAUAAGUUAAUUAGAGUUACCAGCCUCAGAAAUUGCAGCCAAAAUAAAUGCUUCACAGAGUUCAAGUAACAGACACAUCUCAACAUCAACUGUUCAGAGGAGACUGUGUGAAUCAGGCCUUUAUGGUCGAACUGCUUUAAAUAAACAACUACUAAAGGACACCAAUAAGAAGAAGAGACUUGCUUGGGCCAAUAAACAUGAGCAAUGGACAUUAGACCGGUGGAAAUGUGUCCUUUGGUCUGGAGUCCAGUUUUGAGAAUUUUGGUUCCAACCGCAGUGGCUUUGAGACGUGGUGUGGGUGAACGGAUGAUCUCCCCAUGUGUAUUUCCCACCGUAAAGCAUGGAGGAGGAGGUGUUAUGGUGUGGGGGUGCUUAGCUGGUGCCACUGUCUGUGAUUUAUUUAGAAUUCAAGGCACACGUAACCAGCAUGGCUACCACAGCAUUCUGCAGUGGUACGCCAUCCCAUCUGGUUUGGGCUUAGUGGGACUAUCAUUUGUUUUUCAACAGGACAAUGACCCAACACACCUCCAGGCUGUGUAAGGGCUAUUUUACCAAGAAGGAGAGUGAAUGAGUGCUUUAUCAGAUGACCUGGCCUCCACAAUCCCCCGACCUCAUCCCAAUUGAGAUGAUUUGGGAUGAAUCGGACCGCAGAGUGAAGGACAAGCAGCCAACAAGUGCUCAGCAUAUGUGGGAGCUCCUUCAAGACUGUUGGAAAAGCAUUCCAGGUGAAGCUGGUUUAGAGAAUGCCAAGAGUGUGCAAAGCUGUUAUCAAGGCAAAGGGUGGCUAUUUGAAGAAUCUCAAAUAUAAAAUAUAUUUUGAUAUGUUUAACACUUUUUUGGUUACUACAUGAUUCCAUAUGUGUUAUGUCAUAGUUUUGAUAUCUUCACUAUUAUUCUACAAUGUAGAAAAUAGUAAAAUAAAGAAAAACCCUUGAAUGAGUAGGUGUGUCCAAACCUUUGACUGGUACUGUAUGUAAAACCAAAAAUCGAACCUUGUGGAACGUCACGUGGUAUCUAUUUUCUCUGAGUUAUGUUCACAAAGGGUGACAAAAAACUCUUGACUGGUUAAAUAGGUCCUAAACCAAUUUAGAACUGGAACGGAGAGGCCAACCCACCUCUCCGGUCUGCCCAGAAGGACAUCAUGAUCAACAGCGUCGAAUGCAGCACUUAAAUCCAAAAGUACAAGGACAGAGAGCUGUUUGGCAUCUGUGUUGGCUUUAAGAUAAUGUACUACUUUAACUAAGGCUGUCUCACAACAUUUAUCUAAAAUUAACCCUACAAAUAGCACUUUUGGGAGAUUUGGAAAGCCAUAGUCAAGCAAUCAAGAAUAUAAUAAUAAUUUUAGUAAAAAUAUUUAUCUUUAGAUACCAUCCGAUUAGACAGGUUCAGAAUUUAUGUGAAACAUCACAGUUGAAAAAUAUAUGGCACAUGGAAUUCAUAAGAUGGCGGUUUACAGAGAUAGGUGGGAUGGACUGAGAGUAGACGAAGGGUGGAUUUAAAAGCUUGUGUUCAAGAAUAGUUAUGACUGAAAACACGAUGUAUAAUGUACAGUAUAUGUACUAUCUAUCCAGAUGUGAUGUAUAUCAAAUUACUUUUUUUAUGGGCCAAAAAAGACAAUAAAAAAAUACAAAAAAAGGCUGUCACUGUGCUGUGGUGGGCACAAAAACCAGAUUGAUAUUUUUCAAAAAUAAAUUUUUCAUUUAAAAAAGCAUUUAGCUGUUUGAAAACCAAUUUCUACAGAACUUUGCUUAAAGAUGAUGAUGAUGAUGGAGGAGGAUGGAAGGAUGGAGGGGAGUGGGGCCUUUAGGUGUCUAUGUAUCUCUUUAUCCCAAUCCCUUGUCCCCUAUGAUGAGAGUCAUUUGCAGAAUAAUAUUUUUCUCAAACUCAAAGCACUUAACAUUGUAUGGAGGAGGGCGACUGCUGACAGACAACAGCAGUUGAAGUGUUAUGGGGCGGCAGGUAGCUUAGUGGUUAGGAGCGUUCACCCACACUCGCUGGUUCUAAUCCCCGAGCCGACUAGGUGAAAAAUCUGUCGAUGUGACCUUGAGCAAGGCACUUAACCCUAAUUGCUCCUGUAAAUCGCUCUGGAUAAGAGCGUCUGCUAAAUGACUAAAAUGUAAAUGUUGUGGGCUAAACUCUGCUUUGUCUCCUUUGUUUGUAGAGGACAACCCUAAUAGCUGGUUCCCCAAAGAGAACAUGUUCAGCUUCCAAACGGCUACCACAACAAUGCAGGCGUGAGUAUAGCAUACCAGAUUUAACCUCACCACUCUGCUCCACUCCUACUGAACAUGACAUGCCUGCCUCAAGAGUUCCGUAUUCUCAAGAUGGAGGAGAGUUUUAGAGUGCCUCCCAAAUAUGCACCAUAUUCCCUAUAUACAGUAGUUCUCAAUAAAGGGAAUAGGGUGCCAUUUGGGAUGUAGCCUUCGACAUGGCCGUGCCCUGGACACAGUUGGAGGCCAGUGGUUUUAGAUGGGACUGUUGGAGACCAGUGGUUUUAUAGGGGACAGUUGGAGGCCAGUGGUUUUAGAUGGGACAGUUGGAGGCCAGUGGUUUUAGAUGGGACAGUUGGAGGCCAGUGGUUUUAGAUGGGACAGUUGGAGGCCAGUGGUUUUAGAUGGGACAGUUGGAGGCCAGUGGUUUUAGAGGGUUUGAGCAUUAAAUAUCCUUUAUAUAUAUUUUAAACACUUUUAUUUAUUUUACUAUGUCAAUAUGUUUUUCUUGUAAAUGUUUUGGAACCAAACUGGUGGCAGUUGUGAACAAAUUAAAUAGUUGGAAAAUAAUGCCAUUGUUGAUUAGAUGCUUUUUUCAUUAAAUAGGCUAUUUUCUCUUGAACCAUAUGGUCUAUCCACUAGAAACUCAUGGACAAUAUGACACAGAUAUAAAACAUUUAUACUAUAUAUGAAAAUAUAUUUUUUAAGUUAUUUGAGUAUACAUUACUAAAGUUAACAUAGAUUACCUGUUAAUUCCCAAAAGUACUAAAGAUUAUAGUAACUUUGGUAAGUUACAGGUAGCUUUGGAACCCCAUUCUCCACACACACACACACACACACACACACACACACACACACACACACACACAAACACACACACACACUUUCUAUGCUGACUACUUAAUUAUCACCUGUCUGGUUGAACUAGUAAUUACGGCCCACAGACACAUUCUGCCCUCCCAGCGCGCCUCUGUUGUUCUCCCUGCUCCCCCGCGCCACUCAUCUACCCUCUCCUCUCCGGCCGUCUCCCAGGAUCCCACGCUCUCUAUCUCCCUCAAUGUCUUUGUUUCCUUAUCUCUCCAUCUGUCUCUGUCACUCCGUCCCUCUGCGUCACCUGUCCUCUCCUCUUAUUUAGUACUCACUCCUCCUGGAUCCACACCAGGUGUCGCAGGCCCUGUGUUAUAUUCCAUAUAUAGUGCACUUCUUUGACCGGUGAAAGUAGCGUACAAUGUAGGGAAUAGGGCGACAUUUGUGAUGCAUACAGUGUCCUUGACUGGAAUAUCAUAUGAUUAACAGCUAACCCUCCCAAAUGUGUACUGUAUGUCUGUCAAGUCCAAUAUGUAUUACUGAAGUGUCUAACUUGCUUCUCCUCUCUUCCCUUCCCUCUCCACACGGCCUGCACCAACUCCUGCGUCUACAGAAUAUCGUGAGUAUCAAUUUUUCUCUCUUUCCCUGUGCGCCUCAGACAACUCACCCUCCUUUUGACUCUUGGCUAUCUAUCUCUUCCUGUGUGCUACUACCUACCGUCUCCUGUGUCCUCAUUAACCCAUAUGAAUCCCCCCUGCUGGGCUGAGUGUUUGAAGUUAUGGAAAAACAUGACUGAGUAUCCAAAUCUCCAAUGAAUAAACAUAUUCUACAUAAUGGGUCUAAAUUGUGAAUAAGCAUAGAUUGAAUUAUCACUAGAUAAUAACAUGUAAUAGAACAUCUUUAUCAUCCAUUAAUAAAGAUUUUCAAUUGAAAUGGUUUGUCGUCCAGUAUAACAGUAUAGCUAGUAUUAUAUUGUAUUAAUCUAUGGAUCCAACAAGGCAGCAUAUAUGACAGACAGAGUUAUAUAGAACAAUUAGUCAGAUGAGAGAUGGUAGUGUACUGUAGUGUUCUGUUCCUCUGUACCAGACACAGCCAGGGUCAUACCUCUCUACACACACACACACACACACACACACACCACACGCACACGCACACGCACACACACACACACACGCACACACACACAUCAUUAUCUUCUAUCUGAGUUCAUUCAGUGCAACAAAAGGACAACUUUUCAAAUGGAACAGAGAAUUGCCUACAGCAAUGUACUAUAGUUACGCAAUAUUGUAUUAUACAUACAGAAGGUGUAAUGAAAAGUACAGGUGGUAGGUAGCUCCAAGAUAAAGUCAUUAUACCUCUAAUCGUUUUAGUGGUCCCUGUGUAGAUAGAAGAAGAGGAUCCAUCCCAAAUGGCACCCUAUUCCCUUUAUGGUGUGCACUACCCUGGUCAAAGGUAGUGCACUAUAAAUGGAAUAGGGUGCCAUUUGGGACGCAUAGAGUGAAUAGAUGAUAUGUCAUGGGCGUUGUUCAGUGUUCAUAGAUCUGGUUUAGACCUGGUUGUAAAGUCAUCUAUUAUAUCGUCUUGAUAGUGAUUAUUAUUUUAUACCACAGCAUAAAGCAGUCUAGUUUAUACACUCUCUCUCACACACACACACACACACACACACACACACACACACACACACACACACACACACACACACACACACACACACACACACACACACACACACACACACACACACACACACACACAGAAAGACAGCUCUCAUCAUCUGUCUGACUGACAGUGGUUGAGCCUAGUGCGUAGGACAUGGAUAGCACUCUGACAAACGCUGUCAGACAUGAUGGUUAUUUAUUUUGGCACCCUGUCACAGCAUAUAUCAAUUUCGGAGGGAAAAACCCAAAUACUCAAUCACUCAAUCACACACACACACACACACACACACACACACACACACACACACACACACACACACACACACACACACACACACACACACAAUUGGUACAGUGGCUAGUUUCCUGUGUACUUUACUGUGGCCCUGUGUCUGUUUAAGCUCUGCACCUCUUGGUCUCUGAGUGGUGGCUUGGUAGUAUCCUUGUAUGUGUUGGUUUGCAGUGUGUGUUGGUUUGCAGUGUGUGUUGGUUUGCAGUGUGUGUCAGUUUGCAGUGUGUGUCAGUUUGCAGUGUGUGUCAGUUUGCAGUGUGUGUCAGUUUGCAAGUAUGUGUCAGUUUGCAGUAUGUGUCAGUUUGCAGUGUGUGUCAGUUUGCAGUGUGUCAGUUUGCAGUGUGUAUCAGUGUGCAGUGUGUGUCAGUGUGCAGUGUGUGUCAGUUUGCAAUGUGUGUCAGUUUGCAGUGUGUGUCAGUUUGCAGUGUGUGUCGGUUUGCAGUGUGUGUCAGUUUGCAGUGUGUGUCGGUUUGCAGUGUGUGUUGCUUUCCAGUGUAUGUUGGUUUGCAGUGUGUGUCGGUGUAGUGUGUGUCAGUGUGUGUCAGUUGUAGGUGUUCAGUUGCAGUUUGUGUCAGUUUGCAGUGUCUGUCAGUUUGCAGUGUGUGUCGGUUUGCAGUGUGUGUCGUUUGCAGUGUGUGUUCGGUUUGCAGUGUGUGUGUCAGUUUGCAGUGUCUGUCAGUUUGCAGUGUGUCAGUUUGUAGUGUGUGUCAGUUUGCAGUGUGUGUCAGUUUGCAGUGUCUGUCAGUUUGCAGUGUGUGUCAGUGUGCAGUGUGUGUCAGUUUGCAGUGUGUGUCGGUUUGCAGUGUGUGUCGGUUUGCAGUGUGUGUGUCAGUUUGCAGUGUCUGUCAGUUUGCAGUGUGUGUCGUGUGCAGUGUGUGUCGGUUUGCAGUGUGUGUUGGUUUGCAGUGUGUGUCAGUUUGCAGUGUGGGUGUCAGUUUGUGCAGUGUGUGUCAGUUUGCAGUGUGUGUCAGUUUGCAGUGUGUGUCAGUUUGCAGUGUGUGUCAGUUUUGCCAUUUGUGGUCAGUUUGGCAGUGUGUGUCCAAGUUUGCAGUGUCCUGUCAGUUGGCCAGUGUGUUGUCGGUUUGCAGUUGUGUGUCGGUUUGCAGUGUGUGUGUCCAGUUUGCAGGGUGUCGUCAGUCAGUGUGUGCAGUGUGCAUGUGGUGGUCAGUGUGCAGUGUGUGUCGGUUUGCAGUGUGUGUUGGUUUGCAGUGUGUGUCAGUUUGCAGUGUGUGUCAGUGUGCAGUGUGUGUCAGUGUGCAGUGUGUGUCAGUUUGCAGUGUGUGUCAGUUUGCAGUGUGUGUUAGUGUGCAGUGUAUGUCAGUGUGCAGUGUGUGUCAGUUUGCAGUGUGUGUCAGUUUGCAGUGUGUUGUUUGCAGUGUGUCAGUUUGCAGUGUAUACCAUGUCUCUGUGUGGUGUACAACACUUACCUGUUCUGCUGGCUCUAACCCACUAGCCGCUGACCUGUGCCAACCCUGUAGUGGCUAACCCUCUGUGACGUGGAUCCCCUCUCACUAACCUUACACUCAAACCCCCAGCCCCUCACCUCUGACCCCUGACCCCGUUAACACUGUGACGUCCCAGCAGGGCAUUCCGGGGCAUUGCUGAGAGAAAGAGGAGGAAAAGGGAACAAGAGGCAGCGGCUCCAGUAACCGAGACUGAGAGGUACGGUCCAUGUCUGACCUGACUGUCCUGUACCUGUAUGUAGUGCUGUAGUGUGUUGUCCCCCCACCCCCAACAACCCCUGCACAGAGACACAGACGCAGACACAUGCAGUUGCAGACGCACACACGCACACACACACACACCCGCUCACACACACACAUGGGCCGUCAGACCAACUCUAAUGACCAACCUUGUCUCAAUAGCCUCUCACUGUUCUAAGGAUCAUGAUGAUACAACACUUUAUGAAAACUACUUUAAAAUCCCAGCCCCGGUAUAUUUCCUGACUGGAAUAGCUCGAUCAAAUGUAAAACGUGAAAUAGAGUUCUGAUUGCAUUCUCAACAGUACAAUGUUGAGCAUGUGAGCUCAGAGACGUGUAAAAUUGUGCACUAAAAUCAUAUAACUUUGAACUUUUUCAGAUUAUGGAAUUUUCAAAGGAGCAUGCUGACAGGUGGCCAUAUCAAAGUAACAAAAUCUACCCUGACCAAAAUAUUAUUGCAGACCAUUUUCUGAAGUAUUUUGCUGCUGUAUAAAGAAAGGUUUUGAAAAACAGGGAAACCUUUGCCUGUCACCAAAAAGGGCCAGACAAUUGACUCCUGAAGUCAAUAGUAAUUUGGUGUGCGUGAGUGUCUGGUUUGCUGUGAUUGCUGUCUGGACAUGGCUGGUGGUAAAGGAGGAAAGCUAUUGUAGCACAAUGUCAGUCUCACUAACUCAAACCCAGCUCCUGGUCCCAUCUAUAGCAGUACAGCUAGCCUGUGUCCCAAAUGGCACCCUAUUCCCUAUGUAGCGUUCUAUUUUUUAUCAGGACCCAUAAGGCUCUGGUCAAAAGUACUGAAUAGGGUGCCAUUUGCAAAAAUGUUCAACUUUUCAGUCCGCAGUCCUGUUGGCUGUGCAACAAUAGGCAGCGUUGUGUAACUGUGGCGAUGAAUCAACAUUUGACAAUUUUCCGCAUGGUGCAGGUGUUGGUGUGACCGUUUUAAACAGUGUUAAACAUUGAGCUGCUGCAGUGCACACUGAGGUGUGACUGUGUUCAUCGAGACUGGAGUGUAGCUCACUUUUCUCCCGGACAGUGUUUUUUGGCUGUGACUGUAUGCAUCAAUGUGUCACAGUAUAGCUCUGUCCUUACAGCAUGAAGGGUACAGUGUAUUGUCAGUGUAUUCAGUGCACCAGGGUUCUCAUGUGUAUAAGAUGGGUUCUCGCUUGUAUCGAUUUGGUUUGAUUUAUUAUAUUCAGAUAAAAGGAAAAAAUAUGGAUGGGUGGCGAUUGGACUAAGAAGUUUGGAUAUGAAGUUCUGCUGCCAACAAGGCAGAGUUCAUCUCAGCCUAUGCUACCCUCCAGUCCCUCGACUUCUUGGCGCUGACGGAAACAUGGAUUACCACUGAAAACACCGCUACUCCUGCUGCUCUCUCCUGACCAUGUGUUCUCGCAUACCCCGAGAGCAUCUGGUCAGCGGGGUGGUGGCACAGGAAUCCUCAUCUCUCCCAAGUGGACAUUCUCAAUUUUUCCCCUGACCCAUCUGUCUAUCUCCUCAUUUGAAUUCCAUGCUGUCACAGUCACUAGCCCAUUUAAGCUUAAUAUCCUUGUCAUCUAUCGCCCUCCAGGUUCCCUUGGAGAGUUCAUCAAUGAGCUUGACGCCUUGAUAAGUUCCUUUCCUGAGGAUGGCUCACCCCUCACAGUUCUGGGGGAUUUCAACCUCCCUACGUCUACAUUUGACUAAUUUCUCUCUGCCUCCUUCUUUCCACUCCUCUCCUCUUUUGACCUCACCCUCUCACCGUCCCCCCCUACUCACAAGGCAGGCAAUACGCUUGACCUCAUCUUUACUAGAUGCUGUUGUUCUACUAAUCUCACUGCAACUCCCCUCCAAGUCUCCGACCACUAAUUUGUAUCCUUUUCUCUCUCACUCUCCUCCAACACUACUCACUCUGCCCCUACACAGAUGGUAAUGCGCCGCCGCAACCUUCGCUCUCUCUCUCCCGCUACUCUCUCCUCUUCCAUCCUAUCAUCUCUUCCCUCUGCUCAAACCUUCUCCCUCCAAUAUCCUGAUUCUGGCUCCUCAACCCUCCUCUCCUCCCUUUCUGCAUCCUUUGACUCUCUAUGUCCCCUAUCCUCCCGGCCGGCUCGGUCCACCCCUCCAGCUCCGUGGCUUGAUGACUCAUUGCGAGCUCACAGAACAGAGCUCCGGGCAGCUGAGCGGAAAUGGAAGAAAACUAGACUCCCUGCGGACCUGGCAUCUUUUCACUCCCUCCUCUCUACAUUUUCUUCAUCGGUUUCUGCUGCUAAGGCCACUUUCUACCACUAUAAAUUCCAAGCAUCUGCCUCUAAUCCUAGGAAGCUCUUUGCCACAUUCUCCUCCCUGCUGAAUCUCCCCCCCCCCCCCAUCCUCCCUCUCUGUGGAUGACUUCAUCAACCAUUUUGAAUAGAAGGUUGACGACAUCCGAUCCUCGUUUGUUAAGUCAAAUGACACUGCUGGUCCUGCUCACACUGCCCUACUCUAUGCUUUGACUUCUUUCUCCCCUCUCUCUCCAGAUAAAAUCUUGCGACUUGUGACGGCAGGCCGCCCAACAACCUGCCCGCUUGACCCUAUCCCCUCCUCUCUUCUCCAGACCAUCUCCGGUGACCUUCUCCCUUACCUCACCUCGCUGAUCAACUUAUCCUUGACCGCUGGCUAUGUCCCUUCCGUCUUCAAGAGAGCGAGAGUUGCACCCCUUCUCAAAAAACCAACACUCGAUCCCUCUGAUGUCAACAACUACAGACCAGUAUCCCUUCUUUCUUUUCUCUCCAAAACUAUUGAGCGUGCCGUCUUUAGCCAACUCUCUUUCUAUCUCUCUCAGAAUGACCUUCUUGAUCCAAACCAGUCAGGUUUCAAGACUGGUCAUUCAACUGAGACUGCUCUUCUCUGUGUCACGGAGGCUCUCCGCACUGCUAAAGCUAAAUCUCUCUCCUCUGCUCUUGUCCUUCUAGACCUGUCUGCUGCCUUUGAUACUGUGAACCAUCAGAUCCUCCUCUCCACCCUCUCCGAGCUGGGCAUCUCCGGCGCGGCUCACUCUUGGAUUGCGUCCUACCUGACCGGUCGCUCCUACCAAGUGGCGUGGCGAGAAGCUGUCUCCGCACCACGUGCUCUCACCACUGGUGUCCCCCAGGGCUCAGUUCUAGGCCCUCUCCUAUUCUCGCUACACACCAAGUCACUUGGCUCUGUCAUAUCCUCACAUGGCCUCUCCUAUCAUUGCUACGCUGACGACACACAACUAAUCUUCUCCUUUCCCCCUUCUGAUAACCAGGUGGUGAAUCGCAUCUCUGCAUGUCUGGCAGACAUAUCAGUAUGGAUGACGGAUCACCACCUCAAGCUGAACCUUGGCAAGACGGAGCUGCUCUUCCUCCCGGGGAAGGACUGCCUGUUCCAUGAUCUCGCCAUCACGGUUGACAACUCCGUUGUGUCCUCCUCCCAGAGUGUGAAGAGCCUUGGCGUGACCCUGGACAACACCCUGUCGUUCUCCGCUAACGUCAAGGCGGUGACCCGAUCCUGUAGGUUCAUGCUCUACAACAUUCGGAGAGUAUGACCCUGCCUUACACAGGAAGCGGCACAGGUCCUAAUCCAGGCACUAGUCAUCUCCCGUCUGGAUUACUGCAACUCGCUGUUGGCUGGGCUCCCUGCCUGUGCCAUUAAACCCCUACAACUCAUCAAGAAUGCCGCAGCCCGUCUGGUGUUCAACCUUCCCAAGUUCUCUCACGUCACCCCACUCCUCCACACACUCCACUGGCUUCCAGUUGAAGCUCACAUCUGCUACAAGACCAUGGUGCUUACCUACGGAGCUGUGAGGGGAACGGCACCUCCGUACCUUCAGGCUCUGAUCAGUCCCUACACCCAAACGAGGGCAUUGCGUUCAUCCACCUCUGGCCUGCUGGCUCCCCUACCUCUGCGGAAGCAUAGUUCCCGCUCAGCCCAGUCAAAACUGUUCGCUGCUCUGGCACCCCAAUGGUGGAACAAGCUCCCUCACGACGCCAGGACAGCAGAGUCACUCACCACCUUCCGGAGACAUUUGAAACCCCACCUCUUUAAGGAAUACCUGGGAUAGGAUAAAGUAAUCCUUCUUAAUUACUUUAAAUAAUACACAUUUACCAUUAUGAUAACAUUGUGCCACUAGUAGUAGUAACACCAAUAACCAGGUUUCCGUCCAACCUUUUUAUGCGAGUAAAGUAGAUGUCGGAUAAAGAAUGACAUGACAGGCCUGUUGGAAACAGAAAAUGUUUCUGUAAACGUUCCAAAUGUCGACAAAACAUAAUACUCUAGACAAGGUGGGAUCUUUUUGUGUCUGUAAACAAAUUAUGCGAGAAAUAACGCUUUUAUGCACAAAUAUUAUUGACAUAAUAACCAUCAUAUCGAAGUACAUUUAGAGUCACACGAUGACAUGUUGUGUGGCCCUCUCACAACGACUUGUCUAGAAAACAUGCAUUUAUUAGGCUACAGAUUAAAAACAUUAUGAUGAACUUCACAGGGUGGUGAAAGUGCAAGGUGAUGAGCUUGAUGCUCCUUUCCAAUAAAUAUCGUGGGUCUUAUUCUGAUGACAUGAUCAUCAAUGCGUGGUUGCCGUUUGACAAAUAAAAAUAAUCUUGCUCUUUUGUCCAUAAUAAUCUCAUCAUGUAGGCGAUACGUGAGCUCUAGCCAACAGCGUGCAGAUACAGUAUCUGCAUCUGCGUGCUAUUGGCUAGAGCGCACGUACCAAUACCAGAGUGGGCACACUCGCUAAAUAAUCAAAAAAAUGUUGUGAGAAAACCAUCAGUAGAAUUGAAAAUACCAUUUAACUUGUAUUUUUUACUUGGUACAUGAUAAUUUAACCGCAAAAUGUAUUUUUACGUGCACUAUAUAUUUACGCACAUACUUUUAUCUGGAACAAGUCAAUUUAAUGAAAACACUUCUUUGGUAGGAAAAUGUUGUUUUUAUGUGUAUUUUAGAAUAUUCACAUGAAAAUCUGUCGCCAAUUGGAUGGAAACCUAGCUAUUGUGGGUAUCAGCAAAGAUACAGUUUUGUUACAUUUUCUAAAAUGGAGGCUACAAAUGCUCAAAUCUAAGGUCAUCAAACCUUUAAAAAUAAUUUACAAAAGUGAUAUGAGUAAUCAUUUUGCUAACAAUGUUAUUUCCCUUCAUUUUGACACUUUGGAAUUAGACACACCAGUGGAGGCUGCUGAGGGGAGGACGGCUCAUAAUAAUGGCUGGAACGGAGUCAAUGGAAUGGUAUCAAACAUAUCAAACACGUGGUUUCCAUGUGGUUGAUACCAUUCCAUUGACUCCAUUCCAGCCAUUAUUUUGAGCCGUCCUCCCCUCAGCAGCCUCCACUGAGACACACCACAUUAGCAAUGGAAUCCUCAAAUUUGUGACAUAGGUUGUCAUUAGCUAAAUGACAGUUUGCCACUGGAGAGAAUUCUCAAGGUCCUUGUAUAUAUUUUUUUAUCAGUGAUUUUCAAAGCGAUAACACCAAUGACAUAAAACUGAGGGACACACAUUAAACUAGUAAAACAUAGCCUUUGUUUUUACUGAUCUACAAAAUAUAUGACAUACUUUGUUCACUUUCUAGCAUUCAAAAUAAUAGAUCCACUAUAUAUACAAAAGUAUGUGGACACCCAUUCAAAUUAGUGUAUUUGGCUAUUUCAGCCACACCGAGAAGGUGUCCACAUACUUUUGGUCAUGUACUGUAGAUGUCUAUAGAUCCCCAAUGUCAAUACACAUCUGCACAUCACCAGGGGGACAAGCCAAUCUGCUAGCCACCAGUAGUUUCUACAAUGCAUACAAAUAUAUGUUUUGUAUUAUACAUAUGUUUUCUUAUUAAAUAACAGUGCAAUAAAACUGAAAAUGUAUUAUAUGUCAUGUUAAUGUCAUUGUUUUCACAUGGUACCAAAGUCAAGGGACAGCAUUUACCACUGCAAUUCAAGAAUGACCCCCUACAACAGUAGAGAGGUUCAGUAUUGCAUGCUGGAAAACACGUGGUAACAAAUAACUUUGAGAGAGUACUCUAAAACAGAGACAAGCGACAAUGGCGCUAAAAGCAUCUCACAGAGGCAUGCACAAACAAACCUUCAUGAAUUAUGAUAAACACUAUUUUAGGCUUGUUUCACUUCUUCAACUGUGUUCCACUUGGGGCUGUUUCUUUCCUCUGUUUCCCCUUAUCCUUUUCCCUCUCUACUUCCUGUCUUUCCCUCUUUUCAUCCUUUAAGGCAUGCAGUGUUUGUGGGUAAACUGAGGACAAUAACUUGCACGUGCGCACACAAACAUGCAUAAUGACUCUGUUUGAUCCACAACAUGAAUUGUAACCAUGGAUGCGUGAUGCCAGACACCCAGCUUUGUAGAGCGAGAGACAAGGGAAUAAGGGAUGAAGUGGGUGGAAAAGAGGAGUAGUAAUGAGGGAUGACAGGGAAGGCAGUAUUCAACUUCUAAGUCAAAUUUCAUCUUCUAAGUCAGAGAGACAGGGAUAGAAAGAGAGGAGGUUUAGCGUACAUGAGUUGCACCUUAAGCCAUAUCAUCGAAUGUGUUUCAGGAGAAAGGCCUUUAUUAAUUGCCUCUGAAAUAAAGAGAUAAAACGUUGAUGUUUUUCUCAUGGUUAGGAGGAGGCAAUGUAUCAGCCUCAGGUAACAAGGUUAUCUCUACAGAUUACUAAAUCUUCUCUACAGUGUCCUACAUUGAAAACACUUUCUGUGUGACUCACAUGCUGACCAUACAGCACGCGCGCGCCAUCGCGCGCAUGUUGAUUUUGUCCACCCACACCAGAUGCAAUCAGGACACGCAGGUUGAAAUAUCAAAAUGAACUCUGAACCAACUAUAUUAACUUCGGGACAGGUCGAAAACCAUUAAACAUGUGUGGCAAUUUAGCUAAUUUGUCCUGGGAUAUAAACAUUGGGUUGUUAUUUUACCUGAAAGGUCCUCUACUCUGACAAUUAAUCCACAGAUAAAAGGGUAAACCGAUUGAGUUUCUAGUUCUCUCCUCCUUCAGGCUUCUUCUUCUUUGGACUUUAUAUGGCAGUUGGCAACCAACUUUAUGGUGCAUUACCACAACCAACUGGACAGGAGCGUAGACCUCAGUUAAUCUUUCAAUCACCCACGUGGGUAGAUGCUCUUAAACACCAAUGAGGAGAUGGGAGAGGCAGGACUUGCAGCGCGUCGAGCAUCACAAAUGGAACUGAGUUCUAUUUUAGCGCCUGGCCACGCAGACGCUCGUUGAAGUGUGCAAGCAGUGUGUGUGCAAUGAUUGAAUAACAUGUGCGUGUACAUUUAUUUUGCAACGCUCGCGCACACGACGCGGCAGGUGUGGUCAGCAUUUAACUUGACGUUUUUUUUAUUUUUUCAAGAGCUUGUCAGUGGAUGACUGCUGAAUCACAGACAGAAACAUGUUUCACAAGCUUGGAUGGUUUUCUCACAGUUCCACCAUGUUUUAGAUCUUUUUUUCUUUGGAUGAGUCAGACUGACCAACCUUUGUAAAAUAGUUAAUCUCUUCUGAUGCAAUUGAAUCAGGUCAUGGGAGUUUGAACUGAAUCAGAUAUGACUGAAUAACUCCAAACACUCAAUUUCCCAGUCCAUGAGCAGUCAUUGAUUGAAAAGCUGUUUCACGUUCCUGUCCAGAUAAGUUACUAAACUGUUAAUCUUCUUCUUCCUUUUACCCUCUGUGUCUGUGCGCUUGGCCCUGUAUGCUGAAACCCUCUCCCCUCCAUCUCUCUUUUCCCUCUCUUUCCUACCUUCCCCUCUCUCCUCCUUCUCUCUUCUCACUCUCUCUCUCUUUCCCUCUCUCCUCCAUCUCCCUCCCUCCCUCCCUCUCCUCUCCUCUCCUCUUUUUUUUUUUUUCUACAACAGAAACUUCCGGAAGCACCUGAGAAUGGUGGGCAGCCGCAGAAUGAAGGCUCAGAGUGAGUUCACUAGUGAGUGUGGCGUCGUAGCUUAUUAUUAUGUGGACUUCAUUAGUGUGGCUGUGCUAAAUGCAUGUAGCCUAUACAGUACAUGCGCUGGAUAGAAUGUACUGUAUGGUAGAUUAAAGGUACAUGUAUGCAUUCAGAAAAUAAGUUUGGCAUGGCUCCAUAUUAUCUAGUUCAAGCUAGUGAGAGGAACUAACACUUGUCUUUGACAGUGGUCCAGUGCGGGGGCGUGGUGCAGCUUCAGUAGUGAAGUCUCCUAGACACAUCGAAUCCCGCCUCACCCACCACUUUCCUCCUAUUCUCCCCUCUAGAUUUAAACCUGUCUGGAAAAUAAUAAAAUAUGUGAGGAGAUCUGAACUCCCGGUCUCCUUAAAGUGGUCCAAGAAUCAAGAUAAUCAACUGUAUGGCAUAAAAGCUUUCAAUUUGGGGUUUUACAGUAGGAUAAUAAUAAUAAUAAUAUGCCAUUUAGCAGACGCUUUUAUUCAAAGCGACUUACAGUCAUGCGUGCAUACAUUUUAGUGUAUGGGUGGUCCCGGGGAUCGAACCCACUACCCUGGCGUUACAAGCGCCGUGCUCUACCAGCUGAGCUACAGAGUCUUGUUAAAGAAGCUGGUAGAGGAAUGGACUAUAUUAGCAGGGUUUUUACAGUAGGAUGUCUUGUUAGAAGAAGCUGGUAGAGAAAUGGGCCUUAUUAGCAGGCGUUAAGUGACUGGGUGGUUUGGAUACGUCAGCCCCAGCUGUGAGAUGGAACACCAGAUGCUCACCCACUCAGUGCCACUAUGUCGUUAUGAUGACUCGGUCAGAGGAAUACAACUAAACUGUUUUCAUCCAAACAGGGGCGCUGAUUUGAAUGAAACUGAAUCUGUUGUACAUUUGGGAAGUGUGUGUUGGCGUCUGCGUUGAGUGGUAUUGUCCCAAUUAUCACUACUGCCUCCCAAAGUGUGCACUUGUUCACUUCCAUUUACUGAUUUGAAAGUAUGGUAAAAUCUCCCUCUAGCCCCCACCAAUCCAAUACUAGUGAACGAGUGUACACUUCAGGAGAAUAUAGAUGUGUGUGUUUUGGGCUCGUGUGUGUGUAUGGGGUUGAUUAGGGAAAGUGUGUGUGUCCCCCACCCUCCUCAUCCUCCACUCAUUUUCAUUCUCCUCCACUCCUUCAUCAGCAUACGCCGACCGCCGAGCCAAGAGUUUCAACCGCUCCUGGAGUGACCCCAUCCCCAUGAAGCCUGACUCUCUCCAUGGCUCCAGAGACAGUGAGUCCACACACAUACUAAACACACACUCACUCAUUCACGCUGACGUGCAAGGAGACAUACGCAAACACACCUUCACUCAAGCAUACUCGGCACAAGCAUGUACAUUUUUUUAAAAAUUAUUUUACUCAGGCACCAACAGGCACGCACAAACAUGAAAAAGCACGUACCUACACUACGCACCUGCACGCACUCACACACACGCACAGACACACACACACACACACACACACACAUUCUCUCUCUGUGAUCAUUUGAAAGAAGCUCUCCUGUACAGACUGUUUGACCCUGACUGUAUUUGUCCCCGUCCUCUUGACGUCAGACUGUAACACUCUAUUGUUUCUGUCCAUUCUUUACGCCUGUACUGUUUGUGUCCAGGGUCUGUCUGAAUAUGUGCUUGUCUGUUCCAUGUUCUGUCUUUCAUCUCCAUGUUUGUGUCCAUGUCUCUCUGCAACCUGUUGUCUAUGAGUUCUGUUUCCUUUAUUGAUGUUGAUGUCUAGGGAAGAGAUAAUGUGUUCUGUUGCCUUUAUUGAUGUUGAUGUCUAGGGAAGGGAUAAUGUGUUCUGUUUCCUUUAUUGCUGUUGAUGUCUAGGGAAGGGAUAAUGUGUUAUGUUUCCUUUAUUGCUGUUGAUAUCUAGGGAAGAGAUAAUGUGUUCUGUUGCCUUUAUUGAUGUUGAUGUCUAGGGAUGGGAUAAUGUGUUCUGUUUCCUUUAUUGCUGUUGAUGUUUAGGGAAGAGAUAAUGUGUUCUGUUUCCUUUAUUGAUGUUAAUGUCUGGGGAAGAGAUAAUGUGUUCUGCUUCCUUUAUUGAUGUUGAUGUCUAGGGAAGAGAUAAUGUGUUCUGUUUCCUUUAUUGAUGUUGAUGUCUAGGGAAGAGAUAAUGUGUUCUGUUUCCUUUAUUGCUGUUGAUGUCUAGGGAAGAGAUCAUGUGUUCUGUUUCCUUUAUUGAUGUUGAUGUCUAGGGAAGAGAUCAUGUGUUCUGUUGCCUUUAUUGAUGUUGAUGUCUGGGGUUGAGAUAAUGUGUUCUGCUUCCUUUAUUGCUGUUGAUGUCUAGGGAAGAGAUAAUGUGUUCUGUUGCCUUUAUUGAUGUUGAUGUCUGGGGUUGAGAUAAUAUGUUCUGCUUCCUUUAUUGAUGUUGAUGUCUAGGGAAGAGAUAAUGUGUUCUGUUUCCUUUAUUGCUGUUGAUGUCUAGGGAAGGGAUAAUGUGUUCUGUUUCCUUUAUUGCUGUUGAUGUCUAGGGAAGGGAUAAUGUGUUAUGUUUCCUUUAUUGCUGUUGAUGUCUAGGGAAGAGAUAAUGUGUUCUGUUGCCUUUAUUGAUGUUGAUGUCUAGGGAUGGGAUAAUGUGUUCUGUUGCCUUUAUUGCUGUUGAUGUCUAGGGAAGAGAUCAUGUGUUCUGUUUCCUUUAUUGAUGUUGAUGUCUAGGGAAGAGAUAAUGUGUUCUGUUGCCUUUAUUGAUGUUGAUGUCUAGGGAAUGGAUAAUGUGUUCUGUUUCCUUUAUUGCUGUUGAUGUCUAGGGAAGAGAUAAUGUGUUCUGUUGCCUUUAUUGAUGUUGAUGUCUAGGGAAGAGAUCAUGUGUUCUGUUUCCUUUAUUGAUGUUGAUGUCUAGGGAAGAGAUAAUGUGUUCUGUUGCCUUUAUUGAUGUUGAUGUCUAGGGAAUGGAUAAUGUGUUCUGUUUCCUUUAUUGCUGUUGAUGUCUAGGGAAGAGAUAAUGUGUUCUGUCCCCUUUAUUGCUGUUGAUGUCUAGGGAAGAGAUAAUGUGUUCUGUGUCCUUUUUUGCUGUUGAUGUCUAGGGAAGAGUUAAUGUGUUAUGUUUCCUUUAUUGAUGUUGAUGUCUAGGGAAGAGAUAAUGUGUUCUGUUUCCUUUAUUAAUGUUGAUGUCUAGGGAAGAGAUAAUGUGUUCUGUUUCCUUUAUUGAUGUUGAUGUCUGGGGAAGAGAUAAUGUGUUCUGUUUCCUUUAUUGCUGUUGAUGUUUAGGGAAGAGAUAAUGUGUUCUGUUUCCUUUAUUGAUGUUGAUGUCUGGGGAAGAGAUAAUGUGUUCUGCUUCCUUUAUUGAUGUUGAUGUCUAGGGAAGAGAUAAUGUGUUCUGUUUCCUUUAUUGCUGUUGAUGUCUAGGGAAGAGAUCAUGUGUUCUGUUUCCUUUAUUGAUGUUGAUGUCUAGGGAAGAGAUAAUGUGUUCUGUUGCCUUUAUUGAUGUUGAUGUCUGGGAUUGAGAUAAUGUGUUCUGCUUCCUUUAUUGCUGUUGAUGUCUAGGGAAGAGAUAAUGUGUUCUGUUGCCUUUAUUGAUGUUGAUGUCUGGAGUUGAGAUAAUGUGUUCUGCUUCCUUUAUUGAUGUUGAUGUCUAGGGAAUAAAUAAUGUGUUCUGUUGCCUUUAUUGAUGUUGAUGUCUAGGGAAUGGAUAAUGUGUUCUGUUUCCUUUAUUGCUGUUGAUGUCUAGGGAAGAGAUAAUGUGUUCUGUCCCCUUUAUUGCUGUUGAUGUCUAGGGAAGAGAUAAUGUGUUCUGUGUCCUUUUUUGCUGUUGAUGUCUGGGGAAGAGAUAAUGUAUUCUGCUUCCUUUAUUGCUGUUGAUGUGUAGGGAAGAGAUAAUGUGUUCUGUUGCCUUUAUUGCUGUUGUUGUCUAGGGAAGGCAUAAUGUGUUCUGUUUCCUAUAUUGAUGUCUAGGGAUGAGAUAAUGUGUUCUGUUGCCUUUAUUGAUGUUGAUGUCUAGGGAAGAGAUAAUGUGUUCUAUUUCCUUUAUUGAUGUUGAUGUCUGGGGAAGAGUUAAUUUGUUAUGUUGCCUUUAUUGAUGUUGAUUUGUAGGGAAGGGAUAAUGUGUUCUGUUGCCUUUAUUGAUUUUGAUGUCUAUGGUAGAGAUAAUGUGUUCUAUUUCCUUUAUUGAUGUUGAUGUCUAGGGAAGGGAUAAUGUGUUCUGUUGCCUUUAUUGAUGUUGAUUUGUAGGGAAGGGAUAAUGUGUUCUGUUGCCUUUAUUGAUUUUGAUGUCUAUGGUAGAGAUAAUGUGUUCUGUUGCCUUUAUUGAUGUUGAUGUCUAGGGAAGAGAUCAUUUGUUCUGUUGCCUUUAUUGAUGUUGAUGUCUAGGGCAGAGAUAAUGUUUCUGUUUCAUCUGUGUGUCUCUAUGAUGCUUGUUCUAUGUUCUCUCUUUAAACAGUCAGCUUCCAGCUGCGCUGCUUCUGAUUGCAAACUCUCCUUUAAUAGUUUGUUUGCUAUCCUUUCAUCUUUCCCCCACUAUGUGUGCAUUUGUGUGUGUGUGUGCAUGUAUGUGUGUGUUUGAUUGUGUGUGUUUGUGUGUCAGGUGGGGACCUGCAGUCCUCCUCAGGGACUCUAGAUGAAGGAUCCCAGGAGGAUGCAGACUGGGAGGAGGAGAGAGAGAUGGAGAGAGCAGCCUGCGAGGGAGAGGACUUCAUCCCACCGAAAAUCAUGGUGAGAUGCUCAGGUCACCUAAGAGACCAGUUAGUCAGCCUCUCAUAGCAGUGCAAGGAGAGGAGGGGAGAGUGUGUUGUUAUUAAUAGUUAUUAACAGUGUGCUGUAAUUAAUAGUUAUUAACAGUGUGUUGUUAUUAAUAGUUAUUGACAGUGUGCUGUUAUUCAUUAUUAUUAACAGUGUGUUGUUAUUAAUAGUUAUUAACAGUGUGUUGUUAUUAAUAGUUAUUAACAGUGUGUUGUUAUUAAUAGUUAUUAACAGUGUGUUGUUAUUAAUAGUUAUUAACAGUGUGUUGUUAUUAAUAGUUAUUAACAGUGUGUUGUUAUUAAUAGUUAUUAACAGUGUGUUGUUAUUAUUAGUUUUUAACAGUGUGUUGUUAUUAAUAGUUUUUAACAGUGUGUUGUUAUUAAUCGUUUUUAACAGUGUGUUGUUAUUAAUAGUUAUUAACAGUGUGUUGUUAUUAAUAGAAAGUGUAAACUGUAGUAGAAUAUGUCUCUAGCUCUAUGCUAUACUAUACUACCUUAAACUGAUAUCAUAGCACUAAGUAGACUGGUUUCUGACUUUUGAUUUGUACUACUUCCAUUCUUAUUACGAUAUUUCUUACAGUAUAUAAUGUACCCAUUGUAGACAGCUUUUCAUUGACAUUGGUAUAGAAGUUGAGACUGUCUGUCUGUCUUCUUCCAGCUGAUAUCCUCCAAGGUCCCGAAGGCUGAAUAUGUCCCUAACAUCAUCCGUAGGGACGAUCCCUCCAUCAUCCCCAUCCUUUAUGUGAGUCCCUCUCAUCUACUCUACCGUUACGUGACUCCUACUGUAUGUUAUGAUAAUACCUUAGAGAGUCUCUUCUACACUUCAUAAUGAAAUAAAGUUAAGUAAAGGUAAAAAAAAAAUUAAAAAAAAUUAAUAAAUAUAUAAUCAAUCAAAUCAAAUCAAAUCAAAUUUUAUUGGUCACAUGCGCCGAAUACAACAGGUGCAGACAUUACAGUGAAAUGCUUACUUACAGCCCUUAACCAACAGUGCAUUUAUUUUAAACAAAAAAGUAAGAAUAAAACAACAACAAAAAAGUGUUGAGAAAAAAGAGCAGGAGUAAAAUAAAGUGACAGUAGGGAGGCUAUAUAUACAGUAAAAUAAAGUGACAGUAGGGAAGCUAUAUAUACAGGGGGGUACCGUUGCAUAGUCAAUGUGCGGGGGCACCGGCUAGUUGAGGUAGUUGAGGUAAUAUGUACAUGUGGGUAGAGUUAAAGUGACUAUGCAUAAAUACUUAACAGAGUAGCAGCAGCGUAAAAAGGAUGGGGUGGGGGGGCAGUGCAAAUAGUCCGGGUAGCCAUGAUUAGCUGUUCAGGAGUCUUAUGGCUUGGGGGUAGAAGCUGUUGAGAAGUCUUUUGGACCUAGACUUGGCACUCCGGUACCGCUUGCCGUGCGGUAGCAGAGAGAACAGUCUAUGACUAGGGUGGCUGGAGUCUUUGACAAUUUUGAGGGCCUUCCUCUGACACCGCCUGGUAUAGAGGUCCUGGAUGGCAGGGAGCUUUGCCCCAGUGAUGUACUGGGCCGUACGCACUACCCUCUGUAGUGCCUUGCGGUCAGAGGCCAAGCAGUUGCCAUACCAGGCGGUGAUGCAACCAGUCAGGAUGCUCUCGAUGGUGCAGCUGUAGAAUUUUUUGAGGAUCUGAGGACCCAUGCCAAAUCUUUUUAGUCUCCUGAGGGGGAAUAGGCUGGAAUGGAAACAGUACAUGUGGAAAAUAUCGACUGCUUACCCUAAACCACCCCAGUAGUAAGAACUGUCUUAUAGAUGUCUUAUUGUGUCCUCCUAUUUUAACUUUUUCUGUAGGAUC